CCUAGCGGUACAUCACAUCAUCAGCAACGCUUUCUUGCGACUCAGCAACCAAUCUCAGCUUACCUAUAUAGAAUGGCGCUCGCAGCUUAUUCUCCAGCUACCUACAACGAUCUACCAUAUCUUCCUGUAGCUGGUGAAUCUUUCGACAAGAAGAAUGGGUAUGAGCUCGUCGCGACAUUCCGCGAGCUCUUUAGAAAGCACAAAGUCGAUCGAGUUUUCGGCUUAAGUCUCCUGCACCGUCACUUCGACCUUGACGAGCGUGAGCGCCUGGUUGAAUACAAUGGAACUGCAGUUCCGUGGGAUCAAGAUAUCAAGAAGUUUGUCCAACCUAACAACUGGACUUUUAAGGGAGACAUUGUUCGACCCUUCGAGUUUUACUACAAUGGGGUUGAAGGCGCCACCAAGGACGUAGUAACCCCGGACACUACUAAGUAUCAGGCAUUCGUGGAAUCAUUCAAAGAGCUUCUGGUCCAGUAUAAUGCUGCUGACCUCUUUGGGCUUUGUUCAUACCCUGGUGAUGAUUAUCCUGGGCGUGUCGAAGUCACUCAAGCACGAGCUAACAUCAAUUUACAUCCUAAAGAUGUAAGUUCUCAGUCUCUUGUACCAUAUUCUGCUCAAAAACAUCACCGCUAACGAUGAUGUGUUUG